GCACCUCGGCUCUGGGCUGUAAGCCCUGCGAUCUCAAGGCGCAAGGCUGGGCGCAACCGCAGGGUUGCAGGGUUACGGGAUUGCGGGGUCCAGGGAGUGGGACCCGCCGACUCCGGGAACUAAGCACCGGCGCCAAAGCGUGGGAGGCGGCGGGGUGGAGUUGGGCGCCUGCCUCGCGCCGACGCAGUGCACUCACGGGGGCGGUCCCAGAGGCAGUGAGUUGUGGUUCCGGUUCCGUCCCGGAGACACGUGAAGGUCGGUGCGGAGUUCGUCUCUGCAAGCGUGGUCGCCCUGGGAUGGAUUCCUCCUCCUCUUCCUCCGCGGCGGGUUUGGGUGCAGUGGACCCGCAGUUGCAGCAUUUCAUCGAGGUAGAGACUCAAAAGCAGCGCUUCCAGCAGCUGGUGCACCAGAUGACUGAACUUUGUUGGGUUCCUGUGGCCUAGCCGGAUGGGAGAAGGGUGACUCCGCUUCUCUGGGGACUGUCAUUCCGGACCUCGGCUUUGUUGGUGCAGAGGACUGGGUAUCAAAGAAGACUUAUGCCACUGGACACCCAGCACUUUCAGGCACCCGAGGUUGAAGCUGCCUAGUGCUGGUCACCAAGACUGAUCGGAGCCCCCAGUACUGGGAUUUUAUUUUUGGCAGCCCGAGUCCCAGAGAGUCAGUGAAUCAGUGAAUCUGCUAUUCCUGGACUCCUCGGGAUUUACCUUCAUUACCCAGUUCUAACCUUCUCCGCUGAGAAAUGAGUGGCUCCAGCCCACUAACUAUAAAAGUGGUGUAAUCUCUUCCAACGUACAUACUUAUUUGUUUUCUUGUUGGAUUGUUGUGUAAUACCAAGCCGUUUCGGGUCUGAAGGUUGAGGAAUUGAGCCUGCCCUGUGAGGGGACUUUGGCAAAAGGGUGGAAGGCAUUUGCAGCUUGACAACAACGUGUUCUGCUUGCCAAGGACAGAUCUCCCUUAAUGUACACAAUUCAUAGAAUUCAGAGGCCAAGGAUAAUUUUCCUUGGAAUUAGAGGGUCUGAGGCUUGUGUACAUGGCAGAGAAUGAUGAACGAAAUUUUUGAACCACUUAACUUGAACUAUGUACAGUCAUUGGUUUCCAUAGGCCCUUUCCCAUAAACUUACAGUAUUGCUGGACUAUGACACCUACCAGAUGCUUACUUAACUCUGGUCUGCCUUGGACCAGAGUGCUUUGAUUCUUUUUUAAAAAUAUCUGUGAUUCGUUACUUUGGGGCCAGGAGGGCGUGUGGUUAAGUACUAUUGCAAGAAUCUGUAAGCUGCCGGGCGCGGUAGCUCAUGCCUGUAAUCCCAGCACUUUGGGAGGCGGGUGGAUCACUUGAGGUCAGGAGUUCGAGACCAGUCUGGGCAACACGGCGAAGCCCUGUCUCUACUAAAAAUAGAAAAAAUUAGCUGGGCGGGGUGGCACCCGCCUGUAAUCUCAGCUACUCAGGAAGCUGAGGCACGAGAAUGGCUUGAACCUGGCGGAGGUUACAGUGAGAUCAUGCCACUGCACUCCAGCCUGGGUGUGGGUGACAGAGCCAGACUCUGUCUCAAAAAAAAAAAAAAAGCUGUAAGCUAUGAACCUUUUAGGAAAAUGCAUUCAAUUUUCCAUUCAUCAUGACAGGAUUCAAGAAUCUCUAGCUUAAGUAGACAAGGUUAUAGAAUCUCAAGUCAUAUUUUUUUUCUUCUUUGGUAGGUUUUAGGGUAUCUUGCUGUAAUGAUUUAUCCUUUCAACCUUUUAUUCUGUAGUUAACUUAAAGGCAUUUAGUGCAAACAGCAUUGUGGAGUUAAAACCAAAUUCAUCGAAAGGUUACUUCACUUGUAUUUUGCCAUUUUCUUGCUCUGGAAUAUCCCAGCUCUGCCAUUUUCUGGCCCUAUGAUUUUGGGCAAAGUAUCUCUGUGCCACAGUUUUCCUCCUUGUAAAAUGAGGAUUUAUAAUAGUAUCUGUUCCAUAGGAUUGUUGUAAGAAUUUAAUGUAAGGCUAGAGAACAUUGCUAUAUACUUGGUCAGCUGCCAAAUGUGAACUAUCAUUAACAUAUCAGAUAGUAUUUUUAAGUAAAGUUUUUUUUCUCUAAGCAACAAAAAGGGACCCCUGCCCCCAACCGUCUUUUUCUUUCCAAGUUCCCUUUGUGAUUCUGUAUCUUGUCCUGAGCAGGAGAAGUGCAUGGACAAGCCUGGGCCAAAGUUGGACAGUCGGGCUGAGGCCUGUUUUGUGAACUGCGUUGAGCGCUUCAUUGAUACAAGCCAGUUCAUCUUGAAUCGACUGGAACAGACCCAGAAAUCCAAGCCAGUUUUCUCAGAAAGCCUUUCUGACUGAUCUCAGCAUUACCUCUUUGGAAAAGGAAGGUAGUUCAAGAAAUGAAGAGCUGUUGAUGGGAUGAUUGAAGAAACAGCUAUGAGAGGAUUGGCUCCCAUCUUUUGUUACUCUUGGGACAUCCUGUCAUCUGAGAAUGAACAAAGACCAAUUUUUUGUGUGUGAAGCUUAAGGGUCAUAUGUUUGCUUGUAUUUUUUAAUGCUAAUCUUGUGAAAAUAAUUGACAGGUGAAUGGAAAAUUCUAUUUAGAUGCAUAUUACUGUACAUGGGACUAUGCUUUUCUCAAAGCUCCAUUAACUGCUUCCUAUAGUUUUGAUAGUGGGACCACAUACGUAAAAAUCUCAUUUGUGUGGAGUCAUUUCUGAUUUCAGGGGAGAUCCUUGUGUUUAUCAGAAAGGGCAGAAGUGGGGGAAGAAUAAUUUGGUAUCCUUAUCUAGUGUUUGAUUAUCAAUCCUGGAGAAAAAUAUCUGUAAGAGUGUUUAUACCGUACACUUCAGUUUUCUUGAUGAUCUCCCUUUCCUAUAUGAUGAUUUGCUUAAAUAUCCGUAUUAAGUAUAGUCUCAAGGUAGGGUAGGCAGCCUGAGAGUCUAGAGGCCUUUAGUUAUAAAGGAAUCUAGCCAGUGAACAUAAUUCUUAUUACUAGACUGCCACAAGGAAGAAAUUAACUUACCCUGUAUAUCAGGGUACAAAAAAUUCAAUGAUGUGCCUAAAUAAGUUAUAAAGAUUUAGGCCAAUCAGAAGCUAACAGCAGUUUCAGAUAGAGGUGCAUGCCUAAUGUUAAUUAGUGUAGAUUCCAUUUACUGCAUUCUUUUGAUCACUGAAAUAAAAGCUAUAUAAGAUUCAA